AUAAAACAUAAUUUACCUGAAUGUGUGGUCACAAAAAUAGUGUAUAUUUCUUAAAACUAUGGUAUCUUGUUAUCUACUGUCGGUCAUAUAAAUUUGUAAGCCCUUGUUUUUUUUUUGUAGAUAGGUUCGAUAACGAUAGUUUUUUUUUGUUUUUUUAAUGAGAAACGAUUGUUUUUUUUUGGAAAAAUAAAAACGAUUGUUUUCAACCGUAACUUUGUGUUUAUCAUGUGAGAUAAAAUACAAUACUCCAUUUGAAAGUGUAAAUGUAAGAAAUGAUCUAUUUGUUUCAUCUUUCAUUUGACAAGAUUUAAAUAUUUGAAUACUGUUGUAAAUCAUUUGCGAACUAAACUAAAAAAAACUCGAUUGAGAUAAAUAUCUGUACUUAGUGUUUUUUAUAUUUAUGUGAAUUAAUAAACUAUAGCAUUUUAUAUCUGUAUUUAUAUUACUUUAAAAUAUAUAUUUCUGGAAAACUAUCUUAUGUAAUUAAGGAAUGUAUCUUUUUGCCUUUUAUCAUUUUUAAAAUAAAUAAGUAUUGAUUUUUUUUAAGAAACUAAAAUUAUAACUCAUUUGCAAAUAUAUACUUAAGCAAAUGCAAACAAAAAUAUAAACAGUCAAAGAAUUAAGGCUAAUUUGGCUUUUCCAGUCUGGUUUUUUUGGGUGAAACAAAAGCUUAUUGUGGUUUUUAAAAAAACAUAGAAAGGAAGAGGAAAUAGGAAUUACGAUAAUCUUAUAUAACUUGGCAAAAAUUUAUACAAUGUCACAUAUUAGGUUAUUUAUAGAGAAAGGUCGUAUGAUAGUAUUAAAAUACAUUUUGUUCAAAAUACCAUAAAAAAUAAGUUUCUUCUGAAAUAGCAUUACAUCAAAUUUUAAAAUACUUUUUAAUUUUAUAUUUAGGUUUGGGGUUUAGUGAUUAUGGUUUAGUAUUUAAGAGGUAAACUAUGAUAAUGGUUCAAGGUUUCAAGUAAUUUAGUCAUUUUAUUUUUAAUUAAUGCUAUUUAAAUAUUUUCUUGUAAAUUUGUUUUUAUCAUAAUUUUUGUGAUAUUUAAAUCAUUUACCUUUGAAAAUAUUAACAACAGAGCGAAAGCCUUAAAGGGAUAUGCCUACUCUAAUAAACAUUUUACUAUUGUAGACUGAUUAAAAUUGAAUAGUAUUUGUAUUUAAAUUUCUGUUUACAUAUAAGAAAAUAGUACAAGUUUUUAAAUAUAUUUUGGUUUUAAAAGCAAUUUUAUUUGAAAUACUUUUGGGUAGAGUUAUCAUAUUUGAGAACCCACUCAUUUUUAUAUUGUUAGCUCUUUUUAUUUUUUGGUACAAGAUACUCACAUUGCCAGAAAUUCCAAAAGAGGUUGUUCUAACAUCACCACUCGUUUCAUUUCUCUGCAAAAAGCAAAGCCCACCAAAAAGCUAAAAAGAAACCCUAAUAGUCGUCUGACUCAUCACUCUUCAUAAACCCCAAAGGCAGAUAAACUAAAUCAGCUUGAGUCUCAAAAGAUCAAACAAAAUAGAUUCUCUGGUUCUUCUUGCUCCCUUCUCUCUCUCUUUUUAAUAAUAAAAACUCAUAUUGGGCUAUUUUUAAUCCACUCUUUAAUUUGAGUGCUUCUUGAAAUGGGUGAGACAACAAAAGGAGAUGCUACAAAACCAUCACCAAAUCAAAUCUCCUCGCCUAAAGAUUCUUCACUUGAUCACCAAACUCCAACCCCAUCACCCAUCCACCACCAUCACCAAUCUUUCCACCCUUCUCCGAUCUUCAUCUCCACCGUCUCUUCUCCGGGAGCUCCGAUCAUCCCCAAACGACCACGUUUCAUCUCUUCCAGUGGUCUUUCUCCACCUCAAUGGAAAGCCUUGCCGUCACCUUCCACCUUACCAACUGCUGCCACAUUCCCUUCAUUACCGUCCCCUUCCACUGCCGUUGUAGCCGCCUCUUCCACUGAAACCGCCGCAUCUUCACCGCUGGAACAAGAAGGUAUUAACACCGAGAAACAACAACUCGAAACGGAGUCGUUUCAACAUAAAUUCAGAAAAGGGAAAUACGUGAGCCCUGUAUGGAAACCACACGAGAUGCUAUGGCUAGCAAAAGCUUGGAGAGUCCAGUACCAAAAACAAGAAACCGGGCCUGGUUCCGGAUCCGGGUCUGGCGAGGGAAGAGGGAAAACACGGGCUGAGAAAGACAGGGAAGUAGCUGAGUUCCUUAACCGGAACGGUGUAAACCGGGAUUCAAAAAUCGCCGGUACGAAAUGGGACAACAUGCUUGGUGAGUUUAGGAAAGUGAACGAGUGGGAGAAAGGAGGAGAUAGAGAGAAAUAUGGUAAGAGUUACUUCAGGCUCUCUCCUUACGAGAGGAAACAACAUCGACUUCCCGCUUCUUUCGACGAAGAAGUGUACCAAGAACUUGCUCUUUUCAUGGGUCCACGUGCCAGAGCUCUGUCUAUUAAACGUAGUAGUGGCGGAGCUCCGGCUGACGUUACCUUAACACCUCCUCCUGCUGAGACGUUUCCUCCUAUUCUUCAUCCACCGUUCAUGACUUCAAGAGACGAUGAUGUUGAUAAUAACCGUAUCACUUCGAUCGGAAGAGGGAAGAGACUAGCAUUAUCAAUAGCUGGGGAUGAUCAUCCUCAAUAUCCGUAUACACACAACAUUGGUAGAGGGUCAGGUUUAUUCUCUAAUAGGUCAUACUUCAAUCCUUCUUUUGAGACGAUUCCUUCUUCCUCUUCAUCUUUAAAAGAUCUUCGUCGUAUUGGGAAAAUACGGUUAACCUGGGAGGAAUCGGUUAACUUGUGGGCUGAAGAAGGAGAGGUUGAUUAUGGGAGAAUUAGGGUUAGUGGGUCGAGUUUCUUGAAUGCAGACGAGCUCACCUACUUGGAUGAUUCCAUGGUGGCUUGUACAAUGGAAUCUUUUGAAGAUGGACCUCUUAGAGGAUUCUCUUUGGAUAAAUUCAUUUCUGGUCAACAUCUUAAAGUCUUUGGAAGACAAAAGUCAACAUCAUCAUCUGCUCCUUCACCUUCAGUUAAUAUGGCAAAUUCGAUUGAUCGAGCUCAGCUUCCACUCGCAGUGCCAAUUAACAAAUCAAUAUCAACAUUGGAGUUCCAAGACCCAUCAGAGCAUUACUUGAGUAGCUUGCGGGUCCCGGCGGCAAAUCCUCCGAGCUUAUUUGAGCUAGGACGGUACCUUCAAGAACCGCCGCCAGAAAAUCUCCGGUUUCCUAUCCGGCGAGACGUCUACAAAGACUUGCCGCCGGGGAAAGAGCUCUUCUUCUCCACUUCCACAACGGAGCUUCUAGAUUGUAGAGCAGUCACAUAUGAUAUCAUCAGCCCCGUAAUGUUCCGCUUAAGCCCUAAUUCCGUCAUCUCCAGCAAAGACUCGCUGAUCCCUCUUUGGGACGACUGCGUUAACCGGAUGGUUUCAAAGUUUUGCGAUAUGGUGGUUUUGCGCAAACCGGAUUCGUCUUCUUUUGUUGAAAACGUUCAAGAUCAGUGGCCAAACGUUGUGGGAUUCGUAAAAGGAUUCGGAUUAUGGAGAGGAGAAGAGGUCGAGAAGGUACGCGAAGGUGCAGCUGUUCCUUCUUCUCAAUUGGUCAAAAAGAUUCUUUGGUCGUACGACGAUCUUCCUUACAUUCUUGGUUACCACGCAAUAGGGUUCACCGUAACCUUCUGCGCUUUGAGCCGUUCUUCGCAAGACCGAGUGGUCUGCACUGAUCUUUAUUCAUUCGACGUCUCUUCACCGUCGGACAGAAUCAAGGCCUUGGUUCCUUGUUACCGUCUCGCUUCUCUUUUACAUUUGCUUGCAGAUCGGUGCACUAUGAGGCAUUUAUGUUACAACGACUUCGAGAGAAUUAGUCAUAGAGAUUUCGUAACCGAGAUAACCCCUAACACGGUGACUAAGUAUUACUCAAGCAAGAGAAAAUGGAGUGUAGUGAAAGGAAUCUACGAUUUUCUCGACCAAAGAGUUCCACACGCGGAGCAUUUGAAUAGUGCAAGAGAGAAGGAACUAUCACUGAGUUUUAAGCCACGUGGUGUAAGAGUCAAACCAUGUAAUGUUGAUCAGCUUAUCGAGUCUCUGAUGUGUGUGACGAGAGCUCUUGUUGCGCUUCAUGACCUUUCGUUCAUGCAUCGUGACAUGAGAUGGGAAAAUGUCAUGAGAAGCGCGGAAAUGACGACAACCACAUCGGACGCGGAAUGGUUCGUUUGCGGGUUUGACGAAGCGGCUGAGUCCCCGCAGCUUAACCCGCACCGGUCUAUGGACGAGGAAGAGGAGGAGGAGAAUGGGAGGCAAGCUCCGGAGAUGGAGAGAGGGUUGCAUGCGGUGAAAGUGGAUGUAUGGGGAGUGGGUUAUAUGAUAAAGACUUGUGGAUUGACUAAUGUGCCAAAGAUGUUGAGAGAACUUCAAGGGAAGUGUUUGGAGCCGAACCAGGAGAACCGACCAACCGCAGCCGAUUGCUUCCACCACCUGCUUCAGGUUCAGUCUGCCAGUUCAUCCUCGUAUUAGUCCUUUUAAUUAUAUUUUCUUAGUUCACAUAUGAAUCUUGGAAACUUAGAUCAACAUUUAGGUUUUGACCACCA